UUCUUCUCCAAGCAUCUAUUGUUUAAGAGAGAAAAAGAAGAAAAGCCAUGGAGAAUGAACAAUCAACGCACGUUCACUUCGCGAGUCUCUCUUCGUCAAGCGAGCGCUACAAUGAAACAUUUGAAGAGAUAAAGAAAGCGAUGAAGAAAAGUGUUCAGCUUAAAGCGGAGCUAUCAGCAAAGGAGAGAAAUCUUGUAUCAGUGGGGUACAAGAAUGUGAUUAGCGCAAGGAGAGCUUCAUUGGAAAUACUAUCAUCCAUUGUGCAAAAGGAAGAGUCAAAAGGAAAUGAGGAAAAUGUCAAGAAGCUUAAGAAUUAUCGAAACAAGGUUGAAGAUGAGCUUGCCAAAAUUUGUAAUGACAUCCUGUCCGUCAUCAAUAAGCAACUCAUUCCAUCGUCUACCACUGUGGACUCCUCUGUUCUUUUCUACAAUAUGCUGGCAGACUUCAGUUCUAAUGCUGAAAGCAAGGAAGCUACUGAUCAGUCUCUUGAUGCAUAUAAGAGACUGGUUUGGUACCAACAGUUCCAGCUAUACAUGACUUUGAAUUGGACUUCUGUUUUCUUAAACUCUCCUGAAAGUGCAUACCAAUUGGCAAAGCAAGCGUUCGAUGAUGCAAUUAAUGAAUUUGACAACCUCACAGAAAGAGAGGAGGUAAUCUUUUUAUUUCCCUAUCUGCCUCCUCUGAUGAUAGAUAGAUAGUUUCCUUUGGAAUCAAUAUAAGCCAUUUUUGUGAAAUUUUGUUAGUUCUUGUACUGUUAUGAGGAGCCUAAACUUUGAUUCGAAUGUUAAUGCUUGGGAACAUAUUUACGGCUUUGUGGAUCUUUCAUUGCUUAAACGCCAAGUUGUUGAAUUCAAGCAAAUUUUGUUGCAAGAAACCAAUUAGCAUACU